AAACCUAAUCACUAAAGCGUCAUUCUCGUUGUGUUCCAAAAACUGUCACAUUAACGUUUGAUUAUUUAAAAUAUUUAGAUUCCGUUAUUUCAUUUAAUUUCAUUUUCAGCUGUCGUUCAACCACUACGUCUCACGCUUUCCGCCUUCUAUAUAUUUAAUAAAAAGUUUUUAAAAUACAACGAUGUCUGGAAAAGGAACAGUGGGUAAAAUGACUAAACCAAAGAAAGACCGCGCGAAGACCAAGACACGGAGCUCUCGAGCAGGUCUCGUGUUUCCUGUGGGCCGAGUCCAUAGGAUAAUGAGGGAAGGAAACUACGCCAGACGUAUUGGUGGUGGUUCUUCGGUAUAUCUUACGGCGGCAUUAGAAUAUCUUUGCGCUGAAAUUUUGGAAUUGGCAGCUAAAGCCGCACAGGAUAAUUCGCGUACAAGGAUAUCACCUCGCCACAUACUUUUGGCUAUACGUAAUGAUGAGGAGCUUAACCGUCUACUUGAUGGUGUGAUCAUAUCACAAGGCGGUGUUAUGCCUCACAUUAAUCCCCUACUGCUACCGAAGAAAACUAUGAAACCGAAAGAAGGGGGCCCUGAUACAUCUUCGCAAGAAUACUAAAAAUGUAUAUUUUGAGCUAGACUCGAGUUUUAAUAAUUUUCUUUUAUAUUUAAAAAAAUAUUCACUAUCUUAAACUAUUCUUCUCAUAAAAAAUCGACAUACUUCAAAAUUUUUCUACAACAAAUUUUAAUAAGGAUAUAUUUUUAAAUUUGAAUUUGCCUACGAUUACCUAGUUGGAACAUUAAAAUGUAAUUAAUGUAAUUUUAAUGUUCCAACUAGGUAAUCGUAUUAAAUACCUGUAACCCUUUCAAAAAUAAACCGACGAGGUGUUUUGAAUUUUUUUAUGAGAAGAGUAGUCUGUAAUUAUAAUGUAACACUCAUUAAGUAGAUAAUCAUACAAAUUAAAAUAUUUUUAUGUGAUGUUUGAGAAUUAAUAUAAUUAUAAUAUUAUUAUUUCUGAAAUUGCAUAUAUUUUAUUAUAUCAUAAUAUUUUUUCAAUAAAGAUAAAAAAGUGUC